AUGGCCAUCCUGGAGUCUUGUUGCUUUUGGAAGGAUGUGCGGAGUGGCAGCUUUGCCUGCGCCAUCUACACGUUGGUUUACUUUGGCUUCUCCACGCUGAUGUUUUUGUUCUACCUUAUCGAGGAGCAGGACUUUCUGCUGGGUAACCGUGCUCGGCCGUUGGGCGAAAGUCUACUGGAGAAGGGUGAUGUGACUGUAGUGACUGUGAUAUUCAACGUUUUGUUGCUCUUUUGCUCCAUACUGAUGGUGCUAUCGGCGGUUCUGCUCAUAUUGGGCCUCCAGCAGAACAAGAGGCAUUUGCUGAUACCCUGGAUAAGCUUCAUGCUGGGCGAUCUGCUCAUCGAGGUCUGCCACCUGGUCCACUUGGCCCUCGCCCGCCGCGUCAAGUUCGAUCCGAUUGUGGGUUUCAUCUUCACCAUGGAUUUCUUCCUACUGUGCCUCAAUCUUUACUGUCUGCUGUGCGUCAUCUCGCAGUACCAGACGUUCCGCUCGCAGCGGGCGGAGAUGCGACUGGCGGCCUCGGCGGCAUCGCCCAUUGUGGUCUUCACAGCAGCGGAGAAGCUAAGCAAAGCGCAGCAGCAACUGCAGCAAACGCAGCAGCAACAACAGCAGCAUGCCGAUGCACUGCAGCAGCUGGAGACCGGCAGAGCAAAUGGGAAACGGCGACGUAUGCUCGGUGCUGCCAGUCCGCUAAUAACUUCGCAGCGACUAACCAACUUCUCCACCAUCACCGAGGAGGAGGAGCAGCAGUCCCGCACAGACCAGCGUGCGGAGCAGCCAACUGGACAGGAACUCGGCCGCAUUCCAAUUUUUACUCUGGCUUCCAGUCCAGCUCAUUGCAGUGAUGCAACCCAUCACUAA